AUGCCAGUUCCUACUCAGCUAAAUGAAGAAAUGUCACAUAAGAUAAUGGACAGAUAUGCUGAGCUAGGAGGCAAUUUCUUGGACACUGCCAAUGUUUAUGGACUUGGUGCUUCAGAGAGAGUGGUCGGAAACUGGCUUAAAAAACAAGAUCGUAGCAAUAUUGUCCUAGCAACUAAAGUUAGGUUCGAGGUGGAUUUAAAUAAUGUGAACAAAGUUGGUCUUAGCAGACGACAUAUUGUAGAAAGUUGCGAAGAAAGUCUAGGACGACUUCAGACCAAUUACAUCGACCUUAUGCAGUCGCAUGCUUGGGAUAACGCUACACCAAUUGAAGAGACAUUGCGGACAUUUGACGAUCUCGUGAGAUGCGGGAAAAUACGAUAUUUUGGUGUCUGUAACGUUUGUGGCUGGCAAAUGCAGAAAAUUGUCGACAAAAUUGAGAUGAUGGGUCUGAACUCCUGUGUUUCACUUCAACAACAGUACAAUUUACUUGCGCGUCAAUCUGAGUUUGAAGAAUUCAUGGUCUGUGCAAAUGAAGGUAUUGGUGUGUUACCAUGGAGUCCUCUGAAAGGUGGGGUUCUAACAGGCAAGUUUGAGAGAAAUAAAACUCCAGACGCAAAGGGAAGCAGGAUAGGAUUUGUCCAUCAAGACGAAUCUAAGGCCAUGCAAGCAGCACCUGCUUGGAGCAAAUAUAACGAUGAUGAAGGAUACUGGAAUCUGAUGGAUAUAAUGAAGGACAUAGCGAAAAAUCAUGGUAAGACUGUGCCCCAAGUGUCCCUCCGCUGGCUUCUACAGAAAGAUGUUGUCUGUUCAGUUAUAAUUGGUGCUACAUCUUUGAAACAGCUUGAAGAUAAUAUGGGAGCAAGUACUGGGUGGUCGCUUUCAGACGAAGAAAUGUCACGUCUGGAUGAAGCCAGUCCAAGAGUAAAUUUGUACCCAUACAAUACCAUAUGGCGCCCCAGCAGCUUCAGAACAAACGCUUUUAAUAGGUCAAAUAAAAUAUGA